CACGUGUUGAGACAAAACGAGCCAACCGACGUGACCGAGCAUGCGCGUCACGAGUCUCUUGCUUGCGGCAAGCGCCGUCGCCGCCCACCAGUGCAUUCACAACGCACUCUCCGCCCACGAGCUCCGCACGGUCUCGAGCCAGAGCUACGACAACCAUCCGUUCGACGUCGCCUCGCGCCGUCUCGAGGCAGCCGUCGACGCGGCGUCGGCUGCCAUUCAAGUCGCCGCCUCGAGCUACAAGCCGCUGCGCAUCACGCCCAUCUUUGACAGCGAGAGCUUCGGCGCGCUCUCGUCCGACAAGAAGCAGCUCAUCGUGAACCAGCUCGUGCCGGAUGCGAUUGCUCAUUGGCAGAGCGCGCUUCAAGUCAUCCCGAUCAACGGCACGUGGUAUGCCAAGCGGCAGUGCACGUCCGUGUACAACACGGUGCCGCCCGUGUGCGCCAGCGUCGCCGCGUCACAGACGUGUUUGGACCAAGUGAUUCCGCCGGCGCACUACGGCUCGAUCCAAGUGUGCUCGAGCUGCACGUCAUCGGGCUGUACCUGCUCGACGCAAGCCGGGGGCGCCGGUGUCACCAACACCGACUAUGUCCUCUACGUUCGCGCAGUCCAAACCACCCACUGCGGCACGUCGGUCUUGGCCUACGCGACAAGCUGUCAGCAAGACCAGUACGACCGGCCAACCAUGGGCAUGGUCAACUUUUGUCCCAACAAGCUCAACACGGCGACGUCCGCGUACGAGUUGCAGCUCGACACGGCGACGCACGAGCUCGCGCAUGCACUUGGCUUUACGGCGCAAAUGUACGCGUACAUGCGCAACGCUGACGGCACGCCACGUACCCCGCGGGAUGGCACGACCGGGCAACCGCCGCUCUUGACCAACUACAAGUGCCCGAACGGUGUCACGGCGUCGGCAUUGAUGUUGCCGAGCACGAAUACGAUGCAGUUCUUUACCGAGCGCGGCCACGCGGUCGCCAAGCUCGUGACGCCCAACGUCCUGGCGUACGCCCAAGCGCACUUUGGCUGCCCGACAUUGAACGGCGUCGAGCUUGAAAACCAAGAUGCUGGUGCGUGCUUUGGGAGUCACUGGGAAGAGCGGAUCUUCGAGCCCGAGAUGAUGAGUCCGCUCCAAAGCUACCGCAACGCCCAGUCGGGGCUGACGCUGGCGUAUUUCCAAGACUCGGGGUGGUACCAAGUCAACUUUACAAGCGCCGAGCCCAUGUACUGGGGGGCACGCCGCGGCUGCAGCUUUGCCAUGGACAACUGCGUCACAUUGAGUGCAUCCAAUGGCACGAGCACGGCCAACGUGCCGGAUCACUACUGCGUCGAUGAGAAGAUCGAUGCGUGCACGGUCGACCUCACGUCAAGAGCGUUCUGCACGCUCUCAACGUCGACCUCUGCGAUCCCGAGCUACGCCCAGUACUUUACGAAUGCGGCGCGCGGCGGCGCGUCGUUUCCCGAUUAUUGCCCGAUUUUAGCCGGGUACGCCCAAGGCGACUGCCGCAUUAGCUCGAAUUUGCAACACCCGACCAACACCAACAUCAACCUCCUCGGCGAGACGUACGGCAGCAGCAGCUACUGCCUCAAGUCGACGCUGCUCUCGUCCAACAAUGGCGGGUGGCGCCUUCCGGACCGCACGACCGGGUGCUACACUGUCUCGUGUACGAGCUUGGUGCUGACGAUCACGGUGGCCGGGCCAUCGGGCACAAUUACAAAGACGUGCUCGCAGAAAGGCCAGGAGCUCACCUUUGACGCCUCAUCGUUCACCGGCACGCUCUACUGCCCGGACCCGUUUGUGGUCUGCAACACGGGGCAGUGCGCGCCGGCGUGCGGUGCCAACGCUGUUUGCGCCGGCGGGUCGUGCGAGUGCUUGGACGGCUACACAAAGGCGUCGAGUACGGCGUGCAACCCCGUGUGCCCGAACGCGUGCUCGGGCAACGGCGCGUGCGACACGGCCAGCGCGACCUGCAAGUGCAACAGCGGCUUCACGGGCGCGAGCUGCAACACCACCGGCGUCUCGACCAAGAAAGGCAACGACGCGCAUGGCGUCGCCCUCGAUACGCUCGCGGUGGUCGCAGCCGUCGCCCUCCUCCGCCUGUAGCCACUUCGACGAUUGUAAGCAAAAACGACAGAUUCUAGUCUA